AUGUCGUCGUCUGCGAUAGCGACCUCUCCGCCAGUGUCGGACUUGGCCAAACAGGCAUCCGACUCCCUCCGCAACAUUGGAAACACUGUGUUUGUCAGGGGCGACUGCUCCGCCGCCAUCCGUCUCUACACCGCUGCCAUCGCCGCCAACCCCGGCGACAGCCAAGCAUGGUUGGAGCGCUCCUUGGCCCACCUCAAGCUUCAAAACUGGGCCAUGGCUGAGUUUGAUGCCACCAGCGCAAUUGACCUGCAACCCAGCGACAUUGCCUACUGGCGUCGUGCGGGCGCUCGCCAGUUAAUGGGACGCCUGGAGGGCGCCAAACGCGAUAUCAAUCAAAUUCUGCUCAACACUCCGUCCCAUGAACCAGCGCUCUGCAGGCUUCGCGAGAUCCAGGACGCAAUCCAUCAACGUUCUUUGUCUGUGUCCCACCCCAUCACCGUCCUCGACCACACGGCGUUGCCACACAUCCUAGACUUGGUGUUUGCGUAUGCCGACUCUACCGCUCGCUUCCGCCUGUCCCAGACGUGUCGAGCUUGGCACCAGCGCUACACGCGUCUGUGCCACCACAGCGAGGUGACGGUGUGGUCUGACAAGCGCGGGGUUUUCGCCGAAUUCACCCAGCCAGCGCCCCUCGGCAGAACAUUCCGCGUGUACUGGGACUAUCGAGUGCGUCCCAAGACUCCAGACGAGCGUUUCGCUCGUACCAUGAGUAUCGCCUCCAUCGUCCACGUCCAUUGCGCCGACACUCGUGGCAACCUGCCCCUCGAAGUCGUGACGGACUUCUGCUACCACACGGCAGUACUGCGAAUCCGACCAGACAAGAAUGGCCGCUACCCCAAUGGAGAUAUCGACCUCUCUACGAACGAGCACCGCAAGGUCGUCAUUUUUGGUCCGCCAAACCUCGAACAGGGCACGACAGUCGACAUCGGUCUUGAUCCGCCCAGUACUGUCACCCGGCUGGUGUACCCCAUCGUUGUUGACGCCUGUGGCGAUGCUCUGACCCGCCGGACAACACUGUGGCCGAACCUUUACUCCCGAUUUGGCCGUCCAUCGGCGCCUAAAGUCCAAGCCAAAUGCGAGCUAGUCGUCAUCUGCCCGACCUUCGAUAGCCGCCUUGCCUACACUCAGGAGCAAGCUGCCGUCGUGGUGGCCAUUUUGUGUAAUGCAGGUAGCCAUGGACUCGCUUGGGGAGCCCACACGGUCAAAAUCGUCAACAUUGAAGGCUGUGCACCACUGUGGAUGCGCCGCAAGGAGGGCGAAAUGGCUGCUGCCGCGUUCAGCGCCGAUCAUCACCUCAACGAUGUGGACAGGCGGACAAAGAGGGCCGCAGUGCUCAAGACCAGCCUCGUCACCCACAUCAACGCUGCACUGAGGAGUUUCGAGGUCCAGCACCUGUUGGACAACCCCCGCCACCGCUUCAAGCGCCCUCCGCCCGACCCAGACGCUGCCAUCGCCAACAUCCAGUUUCUUACCGAGGACGAAUACCGCGCGACACUCAAGCCUGGAGAGUGGGAAGAGGAGACCGUGGAAGUGUUUCCCGGCUUUGAGUAG